AUGCCCUCCAAGACCGUCCUGCUGCUCCUGCUGCUCCUGCAGCUCAUCUGGGAAGCUGGGGCCAGACAACCAGAUGUAACCUACUUCUAUGACCUGGCCUUCUUGCAUGCCAUCCAUGAGAUCAACCAGAAUCCGGACCUCCUGCCCAACGUUUCUCUAGGCUACAGCAUCAACGAGAACUAUUACUGUGCCCGGAUCACCUAUGAUAUUGUGCUGGAUCUGCUGUCUCCUGGGCAGAAGAACAUCCCAAACUAUAUGUGUGGGAGACAGAGGGACCUGCUGGCUGUUGUGGAAGGGGCUGACUCGGAAAUUUCCAGCCAUAUUUCAGCCCUGUUGGGGACCUACAAAAUCCCACAGGUCAGCUAUGCCUUUGUCACCCAUGACCUGAAGGAUAAGGCCCAGUUCCAAUUUUUUUACCGUGUGGUCCCCAAAGACAGAGACCAGUACCUGGGAAUUGUCCAGCUGCUCCUUCAUUUCAGAUGGACAUGGAUUGGUCUCUAUGUUCCAGACAAUGACAACGGGGAAUGGUUCAUGCAGGCCAUGACUCUUCUGCUCACAAUGAACAGCAUCUGUGUUGCCUUCACACUGAGAUUCCAAGAAAGGAAUGCGCUCAUUAAGUGUGGCCCAAAUGAGAUGGCCAGCAUGGGCUGGAUGGCUGUGAUGGUCAAGCUGCACCCUUUCCUGAGAAAGUAUGGCUUCUCCAAUGCCUCCCUGGAUGGACUGUACCUGGAUGGAGACGGGGAGCUGACGGCCAGCUUUGAUAUCCUGUUAUACUGGCUGGAAAACACCACUUCACUAGUGAAAGUGAAGCCAGAAGAUCAGCAUCCAAACAAGAAGCAAGAUCGAUGUGUCCUCAAAGUUUCCACCUUCCUGUCCUAUGAGGAAUUUUUGGGGAUAAUCCUUAAUUUCUUUGCCCUGCUCUUGUCCUUCAGCACGAGCUGUGUGUUAGCAAUCUUCAUUAAAAAUCUGGAAACACCAAUCGUCAAGGCCAACAACCGAGACCUCUCCUACAUUCUGCUCAUCUCCCUUCUCCUUUCCUUCUUGUCCUCUUUACUGUUCAUUGGCCAACCAAGGCUAGUGACCUGCCUUCUGCGGCAGACAGCCUUCAGCAUCAUCUUCUCAGUGGCUGUCUCUUCUCUCUUGGCCAAAACCAUCACUGUGGUGCUGGCCUUCCUGGCCACCAAGCCAGGGAACAGGGUGAGGAAAUGGCUGGGGAAGUGUUUGGCCAACUGUAUUGUUAUCACCUGUUCCACUGUUCAAGUUGUGAUCUGCACCAUUUGGCUGGGCACCUCUCCACCCUUCCCUGACUCAGACAUGCACUCCCAGGAAGGACUGAUCAUCCUGCAGUGCAAUGAAGGCUGUGUGGCCAUGUUCUAUGCUGCCCUCGGCUACAUGGGCUUCUUGGCUGCCGUCUGCUUCACGGUGGCCUUCCUGGCCAGGAAGCUUCCCGGGGCCUUCAAUGAGGCCAAGCUGAUCACCUUCAGCAUGCUGGUCUUCUGCAGCGUCUGGGUAUCCUUCGUGCCCACCUACCUGAGCACGAGGGGAAAGUUCAUGGUGGCCGUGCAGGUCUUCUCCAUCUUGGCCUCCAGUGCUGGGCUGCUGGGCUGCAUCUUCCUGCCCAAGUGCUACAUUAUCCUUCUGAGGCCUGACCUGAAUACAAAGGAGCAUCUAACAGCCAAAAAGGAAAAUGGCAUGUGA